UAACAACCAGAAUGAUUCACUUUGUGUGUUAUGUCCUCACACUGAUGGGAGUCCAGAUAGUUCUGUCCUGAAUCAUGCUGUCAAACACAGGCCCCGUGGCCAAACUCUACCUGUCCAUAAUUCAUGAUGUGAUUGAGAGUAUGAGGGAGCUCUUCUUAGAAGAAGGGCUAGAAGACCGAGUCCUGGAUGAUUUAAGACAUCUUUGGGAGUCAAAGAUGAUGCAGUCUAAAGCAAUGGAAGACUUCAGGAAGAACAACAUCAACUCCUCCAACUUUGUCCUCCAGCUCCCCGACAACUACGGCCUGACUGAACCAGAACCAGGUGCCUCACUUGUGAUCCCUGCAAGUCAGAAUAUCCACAGGUUCCCAGUCAAGAACACCUCCGAGACCGUUGCUACUUUUUCUCUCCCUGCUGGCUUAGCUUACCCUGUGCAGAUCCCAGCAGGAGUCACUCUACAAACAGCCUCUGGUCAACUCUACAAGGUCAAUGUUCCUGUUGUGGUUACUCAGGCCCCAGUGGGUCAGCAACCUGUGUCCCACCCCACACAGAAAGCUCCUGCCCUGCCAUCAGCUGCAGUCCCUUCAAGUACCGUUCAUCCUCAGCAGGUGGAGCCUGUUUCAGCUGCCUGUAUCCCACAGCUGCCACUGCCUGAAACACCCUCCAGUAAAGAGAUCAAGCAGCAGCAGCAGCAGCAGCAGCAGCAGCAGCAGCAAGUCCCUGCUGCUGACUCCUCACAUCUUCAGGAGGUCCACUCUCCACCGUCUGAAGCCACGACGGGAGAAAAUAACCUGAGUGCUCAACCUGAACCUGUGAACUUCAGUUCCACUGCCUCGCCCUCACCCUGCAGUCAGGUGUUAGACUUCCAGCUCAGCACAGAGGAGAAGGCCCUGCCACAGACCGCACUGCUGAAGACCAAAGACAUUGAUGACAUCCUCAAAGAGGUGAUUGAGGAGGAGAGAGAGAAGGCACAAAGGGACCUGGACUACAGCUACAGUGAACUGUCUGACAUCGUACAGCUGGACGGUGCCGCUGACAACUCUGACAUGGAGGAGGAAGAUGUCGUUCCACUGGAGGAAAAUGACUUUCUGGGUAUGAUCAAUGCAGAAGCCAUUAAGGUUCUGCAGGACGGCGAUGGAAGCAGUGAUGGCAACAGCAUCUCCAGCAGUGACAGUGAGGGAGCAGAUAAACCUGUAGAGGAAGAGGAUCCUUUGAAUUCAGGUGACGAUGUGAUCGAGCAGGACAUCCCAGAUCUGUUUGACACCGACAAUGUCAUCGUUUGCCAGUACGACAAAAUUCACCGCAGUAAAAACCGCUGGAAGUUUCAUCUGAAAGACGGAGUGAUGUGCUAUGCAGGCAGGGACUAUGUGUUCUCUAAAGCUGUUGGGGAAGCUGAGUGGUAAUGAGCUUUUAGUUUCCCCAAACGGAUCUGAUAAUCAUGUUGAACAAGCAAAAACAAUUAUAUUGAAUUUCAACCUCUUGGUGGUAUAAUUUGGAUCGCCACUGUGCACAAUCACAGAUGCUUUUUGUUGUUGUUGUUUUUUUUGGACUAGUUAUGAAAAUAUUAGAGCAAUCCUGCCACUGAUUACUCACAUUGUUGUUUGUAAAUCCAAUUUGCUGAGACAAACAGGAGUUUAUGUUUUAUGUAUAUUAGUUAUUAUUAUUGGAGGAGCAAUUGUUUUCGUCUCUUGAUGACAAUGUUGCUGUAAAUGUACCUAGUGCUGUUGGAUUCUGUUUGUUUUGUUUAACUUAAAUCACAAAUUGAAUACACUGAACUUUACUGCG